AUGGCGUGUAGAUGAGCUGUGGUACCACUUCGAGAUAGCACCGUUAACUAUGGCGUCCUCGCUGUUGAUGAUAGUGUUGGUGGCGAUGCUGCUGGCCGGGGCUGCCGUUGGCGACACCUGCGUCUUGCCGGACGCCUCCACGGAGACCUUCGACGUCACCACCGCUCACAAAACGUGGUACCUCCAGUACCGCUACCCCUCAGUGGAAAUGGACCCCCUUGGCUGCCUCGUUCUCACCCAAGACCCCGGUGCAGCUGCCAACCAGAUGACGCUGAGUGGUGCCUUCAGCAAGGAUCCCUCGACCCUCAUCACAGCUGAUGUUACAAUGGAGGGUAACCGUCUCCAUUGCACCUACUACGGAAAAUAUGCUGAUUUGUUGAGUGCUGAUCGCAACCUGGUGUAUGGAAGUUCGGACAUCUUCAUUGAACACUUAUGCAUGUCGACCGGAGAUGAGAUGGUUUUCAUCUACACAAGUGUCCCAAAUCCGAGUGACGAGCUGGUGAACCAGAUAUGGGAAGAAGUUGAUGCCCGGCCUGAAGUCGACAGGUCUAAAUUUCAGAAAGUCAGUUGCUAACGGUGAACAAGCUUGAAAAUACAUUACGCAUUUGGAACUGAGUACGUUAA